AUUUAUUCGUGUAAUUAAAUGCUAGGAUACCAGCUCUUUCAGACCAAUGCAAAGUCUGAUUAGUUCUGAUGAAUAUACCAUGACAAAAUGAAAUCAUCUUUGAUCUUUACCGAGCAAGCCAUCCGAGUAAUAACUGAAAUCUAAUAAUUAGGUGAAGACAGAUGCCUUGCAAUUUCUUUAAGAAACACAGGCUUAAAAGUUUCAGAGAAYAGUCAAUCACAUGAUGAGAGAGGCUGUCCGCGAUGAACCAGACUCAUUCAGGAGCUUCCUUACCUCGUCCUACUGAGAGAUAUUUCGCCGUUUGUGUAACSGCAAUAUUGAUACCAUUGAUUCUGGUUGGUAACGUCCUUGUUAUCAUAUCUUACAAGAUAAACCGUCGACUUAGAACACGAACCAAUACAUUUCUCAUAAGCCUCGCCGUCUCAGACAUGAUUGUUGGUGGAGUGAAUUUACCAAUGUGGGUUUUCUGUAUGGUUGAAUACACCAAUUGCAUGUCAUCACCCUAUUAUAACWUGGUGUUCAAAUUCUUGGAUCGAUUUGGCGCSUUUGCGUCUAUUUUUCAUCUAACCUCCAUCAGCGUUGAACGAUACAUUGCUGUGGUACGACCWUACUUGUUUYAUCGUUURCCUGAGAGAUUCUUCUUUGGUGCGUCAGCAUUUGCUUGGAUCAUUGCAAUGGUGCUUGCAUCACUGUCGUGGCUUGGAAAUUCCCAUACGAUUCGCUACAAUACGGCGGUUUUCGCUAUUGGGUUUGUACUUCCUGCURCAAUCGUUCUUUCAAUGUACGUUGGGAUAUUCAGAUCCGCYAGGGCACUAUUGAGGAGAACACCAGUGCUGUAUACAGAACAAAAGCCUAGCAACCAUAUCCGUGAAGACCAGAAAGUUGCUGUAACCGUUGCUGUUAUCAGUGGACUAUUCAUUAUAGCAUGGCUACCAUUUUUUCUUUUGUCAAUCAUUGUGUCAUAUUGUUCAGCGCGUGUGUGCCUCCCUAAAACUCAAGCUGACAUUUUUCGACUGGUAACGGCAGUAAAAUGGCUACACUACAGUAAUAGUGGUGUAAAUCCUAUAGUUUAYGCCCGUAGAGAUGAAGAAUGGAAAAAGACUUUUAAACGCAUCCUCUGUAUCAGAGAUUCAGGCUCAGAGAUUUCUUCUCUUAGAAACUUGAACUCAACAAGAACAUCGUCUAUAACAUGAGCCGCAACUUUGAUGAAUUCACACCUCAAUGGAGGAAAAAAAWACCGGGUAGAAACUAAAAAAAGCUUAMAUUUUCAAGCUCGCAUUGAUUGGAAKUAUUGGRACUUUGCAUYAUAGAUACAAGCCGAAGACAAUAGAAACACUAUCUUAGAUGAUGUCAWAUAGAAACUUUUUUGCAUUUUCCACUUUAGUUUAUAGAACAUAUCAUCUAACCUUUUUAACCCUUACAAAAUUUAUCCUAUUAUGAUGUUUUCCUGGAAAUUGGUUGAGAAACCAUAUGCACAUAAUAUGAUGUUCAGUCUAAAAUUUGUCUAGUCUCAAUUCCUACUUAUUCUUAAGUAGAUAAUCUAUCUGUACAAUGUUUGAACUUAAUUAGGUAUGUAUGUAUAAGAUCUUUCCUUCCUGGCAUUUUCCACUUGUCCCAAUAUGUUUCUAUUUGUUUUUAAGUUGCUGUAAUUUCAGGCUCUUCUUGUCGGUAMCCAAUUUCCUCAGAUAUUUUCUUUCUCUUUCUAUGCAUACAGUCAAUSAGAUUAGGGUUAUGCAGUUGUAAAGACGUAAAGCAACAACGUCAUUUGUCAUUUUCAUAAAAAUGUUUUUAAWAUUCCUUGGAUGAGGAUUUCAUUUGAAAACUGAAGAUAAAYAGCACAUCAGUGGCAUUGACAUUGCAAAGACAGUUUACAGCAUGUAUAUUUUGUGAAAACUAGGAUAAAAAAAAGGGAAAAUAAAAAAAUAAAAAAUGURAUGUAUGCAAAAUGACUCUGUUGUUGUCUUUACUCCUUACAACUAAUAAAUGUCAAUGGAUUGAUUGUAUUCUUUCUGAUUCAGUCGAAUAAUUGCAGCUGAAAUUUGAUCUCUUUCGACUUCACUAUUAUUUUUAGCUAACUGUUAAGCCAUAUUCAUCAGUUUUCAUGAUUAUUGCCCUUCUCCCUGCUCUUAGUUCUGGCUUAACUUCUGGCUAUAUUCAUUCACAAAACAAGAAAAAAAUUGAACUGUUUAUAAGUAAGAAAAAAAAAGCCAACAUCCAAAAAGCAUGCUAUUACUAGAUGAAAUACACUCGUAGACAAAAUAAACGAAGUUCAAUUUCCCGAUAGGGAUUAAGAUCUUCUAAAACGGUUGAUGAUAUUGCCAAUUAAGUAGCAAUAAAAACUCGUAUACCACCA